GGCUCGCUGGCUCUCUGUUUUUAGGUCUGAUUUCAGGUCAAUAUUAUAAUAUUAUGCUAGACUAUAAUGCUAUGAAGUGGAGGUGUCACUCUGAUUACAAAGCUCUCUCUGAAAACAAAACCUAAGAAAUCACCCUUCCCUCCACCUUCAAACCAGUCUCAACUUCGACCACCCUCAGACCUACCUAUACCUCAGAGAAUGCUUCGAGUGUCCUUGUUAGUGGUGGUGGUGUUGGGUUGUCUCCUGACCUCCUCAGUAUGCAGGGCUCAGGUGUUCUAUGUCAAACCUUCACAGUCUCAAAACACCACCUGUCCUGGUAAGAUCGAGCCGUGUCACACUCUCAAUUACUAUGCCCAGAACGCUGCAUCAUUGCUUAGUGGAAAAAGUAAUGUCACAUUAGUGUUUGUUGGGGGUGUCCAUCUUUUCACCGAGCCGAAUUUUGAAAUUGCUAAUACGACGAAUGUAACACUGAUGGGCAUAUCCAUUCAAGCUCCUCCUAGUGUUAAAUUUUCAGCUGGACAGUUUAAUCUUACUAUGAUCGAUAAGUUAGUAAUAAGCCACUUGACCUUUCUGUAUGACUCUGUAAACUGUUCAGAGUCAGAGUAUGAACCAACAGUAUUUAGUGUGUCUCAAAUUAGGAGAUUCUCACAAAAUCAUAUUCAAUCUACCUGCAUUUUUUGGAUGCUUGAAAUGACGAGCCAAUUUCAACUAUACAAAAACAAUUCAACUUAUAAGUACGGAAAAGUUGCCUAUACCGAUCAAACUAUCAUUAACAAUACUCAUAGAUCGGACUCGAUUUCAAUGUCUAUUCACCAUUGUUCAUUUGUGUCGUCUGAGCUUUCCAUAUAUCUGAACAGUGCAAGCAACACAACUUUUAAUGGAACCAUUAGCAGUUCGUAUGGUGUUUCCAUUUAUACAGUAAUUGCUAGUCCAGGUUUCACGGUGUACAUAACGGUAAAUGACUGUCACGAAUUCAGUAGUGGAGGUGGACGAACAAUGAUAAACAUUUGGUUGGCAGUCAUGAUUAAUAAGUUUGAGCUGAGAGUUCAAGAUAGUAAGACACAAUCAAUAAUUCUGACUAGCUCACAAAUUCAAAAAAAUGCAAUGAUUGGGAUUUCAAAUAGCUCUUUCUUUGGUGGACAAAUUCAGUGCACAAAUGUUACAAAUGUUGCCCUAAGCCAGCUUUCACUAAACAGAUGCAGUAUCUUUCUGUUGACGAAGAAAUGUAGACUUGAAAAUGUCAAUGUUUCAAAUAGUCCUCCCGUGUAUAUUGGCGGCCCUUCAACAGUAAACAUUGAUGGUUGUGUAUUUGAAAACGGAACAGACUUUGGUGACUUGAUUUAUUCACAUUAGUCUUGUCUUUUGUGGAAGCGUACUUUUAUGGGACUACUGUGUUCAGGAACAAUAUCGGCUAUCGUGGUGGAGCAAUACGUUUGUUCAAUAGCAUGAUUUAUCUUACUAACCAGUCUAAAAUAAUAUUUCAAAACAAUACUGCACAAGACAAGGGUGGUGCUGUAUAUGUACAAAAUCCAGUGGACAAUGAACUAAAAAUUCUUGGAACAGAAAAGAAUUUUCAAUCAGUGGACAUAAAGAGGCGCCAGUGUGUGUUCAGUUUAUCGUACAAUCUUACUGAUGGAGAAAAACCCAAUAGUUUAGUUACCUUUAAAGGAAACAGUGCAAAGAACGGUGGUAGUGAUGUAUAUGGAACUUCACUGAAGUCAGAUUGUUUCGUUACUCCUAACGCAUGGCAAACUUUUAGCUACGAGGUUCAGAGUGAUAUAUUUAAAUUUGAUUCAAACACACACUCAAACCUUUCAUCAGUUUCUUCCGACCCAACCCGAGUUUGCUUUUGUGAUGAAAAUGGGAUUCCAAAGUGUGCUUCCUAUUCUUACAUUGUUCAGCAUCAAAAAGUUUCCCCUGGUGAGAAGUUCAAUGUCAGUUUAGCACUUGUCGGUGGUGAUUUUGGUGUUACUGGUGGACCAGUUCACGCUCUUUUGUUUUCUGAGCAAGGAAAAAUACUUACUUUCAAUCAUUCUGUUAAAAUUUUUUCUGGUACGAUUUGCUCCUUAUUUGAGUAUGAGGUGUACUUAGAUAAGAAAAGUGAUACAGUUUUGCUAUAAUUAUUUUGGUUCCGACGUAAUCUCUAUUAAGAAAAAUAAAUACAAUUUUUCCCCCCAAAAUAAGUCCAUAUUCAAAUACCAUAACCACAGUGAAAUUGACAACAUUUUGGCCACAAUUCCAAUUCUUCUGAAAAUCACUCUACAGAAAUGCCCACUGGGUUUGGCACUCAACAGAGACACAUCUUCUUGUCAUUGUGUCCAAAGGCUAACAGACUAUGGAAUUAAAACAUGUGCUACUGUAAAUGGAGAGGGGCUGAUAACCCGCAAUGGUACGAUCUGGGUGAGUAACUCAGAAGCUGUAGACAAUGAGACAGGUGUUGUUGCAUACAAAUAUUGCCCAUUUGAUUACUGUACAGCAGAAGAGGUUGCUGUUAACCUAUAUAAGCCGAACACUCAGUGUGCUUUCGAUCACAGUGGUAUUCUGUGUGGAGGUUGUUCCCCAAACCUCAGCUUAGCGUUGGGUAGUUCUCAGUGUCUGCCUUGCUCUGAUAAUGGAUAUGUGGCUUUCUUUGUUCUGUUUGCAAUUGCUGGUUUGGUAUUAGUGCUCUUCAUUAAGUUGUUAGAUAUGACGAUAACAAAAGGAGCCGUCAAUGGACUACUUUUGUAUGCUAACAUUCUGUGGACUAAUCAAAGCAUUUUCUUUCCUCAUGCAUUUCGCCAAUCAUCUUCGCUGUUUCAUUUUUUCACCACGUUUGUGGCAUGGCUCAAUUUGGAUCUUGGAAUUGAAACCUGUUUUAUUCAGGGCCUGGAUAUGUAUUGGAAAACUUGGUUGCAAUUUUUGUUCCCUCUUUACAUUUGGAGUUUAGCCGGACUCAUCAUCUUAGCCUGCCACUAUUCUGACAAAGCUACUAAACUAUUCGGCAACAAUUCAGUUCAUGUUUUAGCUACAUUGGUCCUACUCUCGUACUCGAAGCUUCUCCGUACAAUUAUUACAUCAUUGGGGGUUGCUAUUCUUGACUACCCUGGUGGGAUGAGAAUUAUGUGGCUAGCAGAUGGUAAUGUUCCAUAUUUUGGUGUACGUCACUCAUUCCUUUUCAUAGCGGCAAUAUUUGCUCUGAUAAUAUUCUGGUUGCCAUACACAGUAACAAUACUGAUAGUUCCUUGGCUUAGGAAAUAUGGUAACAUCUCAUGGGUUAACAAACUAAAGCCAUUCUUUGAUGCUCAUUAUGGCCCCCUCAAAGACAAGCACCAGUACUGGAUUGGAUUGACACUAUUAGUACGUGUGAUACUGGCCAUUACCAAUGUUGCCAUUCAAGCUAUUGAUCCCACUAUCAAUCUUCUUGUAACUAUAGCUUUGUCUUCAUUAUUGCUCUAUGUGGUUGCUUUUUCAUAUAGAAAAUUGUAUCUUUCGAUUCUUGAGGCCUCCUUUGUUGCCAACGUGAUUAUUCUUGGGGGAGGAUUUUUGUACUCAAGUAAUCAGAUUGCUUUUGCUAGUUUUUCUGUUGGUAUUGCAUUCCUCACAUUCCUACUAAUAAUCUGUGUACAAGGGUACACUCAAUUGAAGACACUUUGUCACUGCAGAACUUGUGUGUAUAGAAAAUACAAAAAUAUUAAUGGUGUGAAUGACUCUAAAACAGAGUGUGUCCCUCCCACUCAUUCUGUGGUUUCAUUGUACAAUGACACGACCCAAGACUACUACCCGCUGAGAGAAGAAUUGCUGGAAAGUGACAGUCACUGAAGACAGUGCAUGAUUACGUUUUGCAGCCCUAGAUAAUACUGUUUCUAAUAUAAUUAUACUGUAGUUACUGGAUAUCUGAUCUUGUUUUUGAAAGGUGACAGAAUAGCUUUAUGGUUUUUAUCAUGAAUAUAGUAUACAUUUAGAGGAUUGCAAUGGCAUCAUUAACUUAUUCAGGUGAAAGUAGACGUAUACAGUAUCUCUCAUGAAGCCUCGGUUUUCCACACUAUAGUCUGACAGAGGACAGACUAUCGUAUACAUGUGGACAUGCACAUUCGCUAUAUAGCUCUCUAUCUAGUAGAAGAGAGUACUGUGAGAUAGACUGUAUACAAAUUAUGAGACAGGUCACCUUUAAGAAAAAAGUACUUCAGUUACAGAUUUGGAGUCGUAUAUGCUUGUGUAUACAGAGAUACCGCAAUAGUUUGUUUCAAGUACAGAAUUUAAUUGCAUGGAGAAAACAUUUUAAUUUACCGUAGUAUUAGGUGUGAAAUAAUUGUAGCACUGGUAUCUGUUACCACAACUUCAAGCAACUGUUUUUGUAGACAGGAGAAGGAAUUAAAAGUCAGCAAUGGUGUCUCAUAAUUUCUCCUCGUCUCAUAACAUCCGAAUCAAUACAAUCACUAAAAACUAACAUCAGCGCAAACAAAGCACUUUCACUUUCACUUGCUUUCAUGCAAACCCUAAAAGCUAUUGACUGACCAUAGUUAUUAAGUUAUUAGUGAACAGACUUGCUUCCUGUUAGACAGGGGUCCAAACAAUUCAUGAAGAUCCCAUUACUCUAUUCUUUAAUUCUUGAAAUGUGCGUUUCAACUACCCGCCCCACCUCACACAAUAAAAAGGAAAGCGCCUAUUAUCAUAAUCUCAAUGACUCUCAGU